CCAGUGUGAGGCGACGGAGUGAUGCGCAAAGACGCGCUCGUGCCACUGUAACAACUGUGACUUUCUACAUCUCCGGCAACGUUCAGACACCAAAAUGACAUGAUUUCAACAUCUGCCGGGGACUCGUGCUCCUAUUUUUCCUAUCCCGCGGAGAUGCCUGCAUGUUACACGGACCUAUGCGGAGGAGCAAGUAACUUUACCAAUAUGCCCUUUCGGACAUUGACAUUACACACAGGAGAGUCCUAUGGAAUAUAGUCCGCUCUGUCACUCAGCUCAGCCGGUGAAAAACAAACUUUUCGUCUUCUGCAUCAUGCUGUCACUGUGGGUGUACAUGCUGUACUGCUGUGCGGGCUACUCCUCCACCACACCGAGCUUCAUGAUGGAAGAAAGGAGCAGCAGGAAUCCACCCAGACCCCUCCAGAAACAAGACCUGGAGAUGUUCCUCAAAAGCCAGUCCAGGGACUUACUAAACAACGAGAGUGAUGCUGACAGCAGAGGAGACGGCUGGGAGGAAAACAAGGGCGAUGUUGUUUAUGACGAGGACUCGGGAGUAGCAGGUGCACUGAACGGGUCCGAGACCAAAAAGUUGCCCCAAGCGAUUAUAAUAGGGGUGAAGAAGGGCGGGACGCGCGCGCUGCUCGAGUUUCUGCGCCUCCAUCCUGAUAUCCGCGCGGUGGGAGCGGAGCCGCACUUUUUUGAUCGCAACUACGAGAAAGGACUCGAGUGGUACAGGGAACUAAUGCCUGAAACUCAGGAGGGUCAGCUGACUAUGGAGAAGACACCAAGCUACUUUGUAACGAAGGAGGUCCCAGGCCGGAUCCAUGCCAUGUCCAAGGACACUAAGCUGAUAGUUGUGGUUAGAGACCCAGUAACCCGGGCGAUCUCGGACUACACGCAGACCCGCUCAAAGAAACCCGACAUCCCGUCCUUUGAGAGCUUGACUUUUAAAAACAUCACAGCGAAUCUAAUAGACACCUCGUGGAGUGCGGUGCAGAUCGGCAUGUAUGCCAGGCAUCUGGAGCAGUGGCUGGAGUUUUUUCCCAUGAGCCAGUUGUUGUUUGUGAGCGGGGAGCGUCUGAUCAGCGACCCGGCUGGGGAAAUGGCCCGCGUACAGAACUUUUUGGGCCUGAGGAGGGAGGUCACGCACAAACACUUUCACUUUAACCCCGCCAAGGGCUUCCCUUGCCUCAAGAGACCUGAAAGCAAUACCAAACCGCACUGCCUUGGCAAAACUAAAGGCCGCACGCAUCCAAACAUCCACCCAGAUGUGAUUCAAAGACUGCGAGACUUCUACACGCCAUUUAACAAAAAGUUCUACCACAUGACCGGCCAUGACUUUGGCUGGGACUGAUUUUGUAGUUUUUGGGAGCACAUCUUAAAAUAAUUAAUUGUAAAAAGUAUAGAACUAUUUUAUAAUAAUUUAUUGAAAAUAAUAUACUCACUCGGCUGCAAUCUGUUGUUGUACGUACUGCAAUUUUCUACCUUUCACAUUCCAGUCAAAUCUGAUAUACUGUCUUUUUUAAUAGGGAAAUAAAAAAUUAUUUGAAGUAGGAAUUUAGGAGAGGGGGUGUCUGACAAAGGAAAAUAGCACAAUGAAACUAAUUACGGGUAUUCAAUGAGUCAUGGAAAACAUUUAUCUGUUCAGUUACGUAAAAGUCCCUAAUUGUUGCUUUAGUAAACAUUAUCUACUGUUAUUCUUUCUUUUCUUUUUUUUUGAGGAUUCCAGCAUGCCAUCCUUCAUUUUAAAGGGUUAUAAGGGAUUAUUAUUUUGUCUCAGCUGUUCCAAAGCCACAUUUUGUGGAUCAAUACACAUUAAACUAUAUGACUUGUCAAUAAUGGCAGAAAAAUGAAGUUUGGGACACCGGCUGUUUAACUUCUUUUAGGAAAAUGUAAUUUUCAACAUCAGCAUUACACACAGGAAGUCCUUGAAGACAGAUACUUUAACUGUGUUUGACUCUCUGUUACAAAAGUCUGAGACUGUAUUUAUAAUUCUCAAGAAGAGAAAGGCAAUGCAAUGCAGCUAGACAGACAUGUUCACACAUCUCUUUCUAUAUAAUGACUCCAUGUUACUGUAAGACUCUGCAUGAAAAAAAUGUUUUAAGUCUAAGGGCCUUUUCAGUAUGAAUAUGAAAUGGAGAAGUUCAGUUAACUCAUUUCAUACCUCACAAGAAUUACAAAAAGGGAAAGUGAAGUUUCCCUAGUCAUGAUUAUUUUUCAUACAUCAGUGGUUGAGUUUUAUUCAACCCUUAUUAUGUACUUUCAAAUGCUGUUUUUUUAAUCUGAUGAAAAUUUGUUACAAAUUUAUUGUACGAUUGUUUCUUUCCAACUUCAAACCAAACAGUCCUGUCCGAGGUACGAGACACUGAGUAUUUCUGUGCUGUGAUGAAAUAAAUCUAUUUUUUACCAGCA